CAUCUUCAUUCUCACAGCAGAGCGAGCAAAAAUUCCCCAAGGAAAACCUUAGCAAGAGCCGAGUGCGGAGAGGACUACUUCCCUUUCAUCUCCUCCGGGCUCCGGUGGUCCGCCACCACGGCCUCUGCUUCGUUCUCCCCAGGCUGCAGGAGGCGAGCGCCGACGCCCGCCGCCUGUUCGACAGAAUGUCUCCGGGGAGAAGUGGGAAAAGGGCCAAGAAAGCGCCGAUCCCGAGGGAGAGUGGUGCCAGCAGCAUAGAAUCCUUGCCAGACGGUGUCCUUCAGCACAUCCUCGGUUUCCUCCCGGCGCGGGACGCCGUGCGGUCGUGCGUGCUCGCCCGGCGCUGGCGCGACCUCUGGAUGUUCGCGACAGGCCUGCGCAUCACUGGCAACGGCGACGACGACGACAUGAAUGAGCUCCGGGAGUUCGUGGACCAUCUCCUCCUCCUCCGCGGAAUCGCGCCUCUAGAAACAUGCGAGCUCAGGUUCACGGAUAUGGCCGAUGCAUUCUCUGAAGACGACACUCUUCGUGUGAACCUCUGGUUUCGGCAUGCUGUCCGGUGCCAGGCUCGAGUCCUCCGGUUGUUAGUGUACGCAUCUGACUACUGUUUUGAUCUAAAUGGACUGCAUCUCGUCUCCAGGCACUUAAUGCAGCUUGAGCUUGUUGGUGUAGAAGUGAAGGAAAAUUUCCUUAACUUAUCUGACUGUCCAGCACUGGAACAACUAGAGAUUGACAACUGUGAUUUGACUGUUGUCAACAAGAUCUCAUCUGAAUCCCUCAAACGCCUAAGUGUCACUAAUUGUGCAUUCAGUCAAAGCUUCCGCACAAGUAUUCAUGCUCCCUCUAUGGUUUCGCUGUUAUUACAUGACAAUAGGUUUAACACUCCAGUGCUUGAGAGCAUGCCAUCAUUAAUGGAUGCAUCUAUCAGAAUCACCCAUAACGAUGUGGACAGCUGUGAUAAUUGUGACUCAGGGGAUUGUAACAUCUGUCAUGGUAUCAUACACAGUAACAGCAACUGCAUUCUUUUGGAAGGUUUAUCAAAAACCACUAACCUAGCAUUGAUAGCUGAAUCAAAAACGUUUAUUUUCAGAAUGGAUUUGAAACAGUGUCCUACAUUUAGCAAAUUGAAGACACUGUUACUCAGUGAUUAUUGGUGUGUAGCUCUUGAUCUGGACGCCAUAACUUGCAUUCUCAAGAACUCACCAGUUCUAGAGAAGCUCACUCUUGAACAUUUUUUAAAGGGAUCUGAGCAUAAAAUGGAAAUCAAAGGAAGCUACAUUCCAGUACAGAGAACAGAUGCAAUCUCAGAACACCUUAAGAUAGUAGUGGUGAAAUGUGAUGUGGUUGAUGAGAAAGUUUACAGGGUUUUGAAGCUCCUGUCUACAUUCAACAUUCGUUUCAGUUUCGAGUAGGGGCGGGGAAACAAGUGGUGCCACUGGAUCUACUCUUUCUCUCUCGAUUACUUGGGAAUGUAUGGCUCGAAAUAUGGUUUGGCUAUGUUACCUUCAUUGAAUUCCAGCCAAAUCAAAGAUACUGUCUAGAAUUGGUAACAUGUAACUUGUUUAGAACUUCAGAACCAGUAGUCUGAUAUAAAACUUUAGAUCAUCGUUAUCAUCGAAGGCUGGAAGCUGGUUUAUCAUGUGGCAGUAUUUCUUUACUUGUUUUCGUUCCUGCUGAAAUACUCAGCAACCUGCUGGACCUUUUAACAUUCCUCCAGUGUACGACAGGCUCGUCAGCGAAGUGCUGCUACUGUGGCCGGGCCUGUACGUUGUGAGUUCAGUCAGCUACGGUACGUUUACCGCGCAAUAUAAUCACUGUUGUACGUAUUUUCA